AUGUCCGAACAGAAACCCGUUAAGCGAAAACGUGCCUAUCGUUAUCGUGUGGUCUGCUCAGUUUGCCAAAAAGAAAUUGUGGCCGAAUAUCAGGAUGUCCACGCCAAAACUAAACACAAGGGAAAGAAGGUAAAAUUCACCGUUGCAGUUGAUGCUAAGCAAGCUAAACUUUGUUUUGCUACCGCUGGCGAGACAGUGGCCAUUACAACCAAAAGAAAGAAAAGCGAUGGCGAUACAGAUAGAGUGGAUAAUGACGCCGAGGGAAGUGAAAAUGACUGUCAAACUACUUUAAAAUGUGUCAAUGAAACCGUUUCAAGCGCAGAAAAUAUUGAGGGAAGAGAUGCUGAACUUACCGAGUCCUCCGUCUCCAGUAUAACCGUUGCAGUCUCAGUACAUAACAAUGACGUCGUGCCAGUUCGAGAAUUAUCGCAAAAUGAUCCGACCUAUUCUUUUCCAAGUACAGGAGCUAGUCACGGUAAGGUACUAUCAUUAUCAAAAUAUGCGUGUCUGAAUACCAGAGUGAAUGUUUACGUUUAAGUCUGAGAACUGUUUGUCUGUUUGUUACUCUUUCAGUCUUUGUGCUCUGCCUCUGGUAAACAGUUUUAAGUUUUUUCACGUAGUCGUGUAUCAUGAUGUAUUAGUAAGAGUGCUCAAUACUGUAUAGUGCUUCCAUGUAUUGGCAGCGUUGCAAUUUUUAGUUCAUUGUAUACGGUUUCUUUUUCGUUUAAACAUUGAAAAAUAGAUGUGUAAGCUACAACGCAGGUACAGACGUGCAGUGAUGGAAAGAAAACCAUUAACUUUCUUUAAAGUCCUUAAAACCCCUUGUUGUCGUUGAUUCUCGUUGCUACGAGAAAAUCCGAAAUGAUUAUUACUUUUACAUUCAUUAUUUCUUACUUUAGAUGAUUCCCAAAGCUUUGACGACAAUUUCGACACUAUACGCGUGCAUGCACCAGACCUAAAAGACUGUAAUUCGGAGAAAUCGUGCCUGCAGAUGAAAGGACCACA